GUGCUGCUGGCUACUUUCACCCAACACCUUCUCGAACCCUUGUAUUGUUUGUGUUCAAGAAGUAAGCAAUCUACCCCAGGCUCCAUCGCACAUCAGCGGCUUGUUCGCACGGCCCGAUGGCGGCCCCUUCGGCCCAGGCCACCCUUACGCUACAAGACGCCUUCGAGCGGUUUGCGUCCACCGUUACGCCAGAAGACAAGCAAAUUUUUCAUAACACUCAACUCAAGGAUGUCCGGGAAGAAGCCAUGCGUAUCGAGCGGCAGCUCCGUGCUCGUCGCAUGCAGAGGAAUAUGGCGCGGCUUGAUCCAUUCCUACGAGGGAUGGAACACUACUCCAAGGUCGUUGAGGUGCUGUGCAAUGGCACACCUUAUCUUGCCUGGAUCUGGGCGCCAGUUAAACUCAUGCUUACUAUCGCGGUCGAUUCCAUUAGUGCUUUCGAAAAGUUGAUAGAAGCAUACGGCAAGAUCGCCGACAUGCUUCCUCGCCUAGACCGACUCAAUCAUGCACUUGCCGACGACCACAAUUUUCAGAAUGUCUUGGCUUUGGUCUACUCCGACAUCGUAGAAUUUCAUCGGCGAGCCUACAAGUUUGUGCGAAGAAAAUCAUGGACUAUCUUCUUUGGCUCAAUGUGGGCCGGCUUUGAAUCUCGAUUCAACGGGAUAUUGAAAAACUUGGCAUACCAUGGAGGGCUGGUUGACAAAGAAGCCGCUGCGGCGGAAAUCUCCGAAGCUGUGCGACGUAGCAAGGCUGACGACGAGAAGUGGGAGUAGCAAGAGCGCGAGUGGAAUGCUGCCAAAAUUCAGAAAGUUCUAGCUUGGCUUGAAACAAAUGAAACAUUUCAAGCCGACAUCCUCGAACGGUAUAUGGGAGACUACUUGCCGGGAAGCUGCGAGUGGUUUGUACAGCAUAACGAAACCCAAUUAUGGCUUGGAGAUAGCGCAAAGAAUUCUCUCCUGUGGCUUUGCGGGAAGCCUGGAGCUGGAAAAUCCAUGAUAUGCUCUAGUGUCAUCCAACAUGCAGAAGCGAAUACGGUUCACAUUUUCUACUACUUUUAUAGUUUCCUUGGAAGCCAUUCCAAUGGUCCCACCCGUCUGCUGCGAGCCAUCAUCUCGCAGGUCAUCCAGAAGCAUCAGGAUCUCGC